GCAUAACCUUAAAUACAAUUUAUUUUCUUGAAUUUUUCUUUGAUUUUUAAAAGCAGAAAUAAAAUGAUAUUCCGUUCGUUUUUUCACCAAACACGGUCUUUUUCCCAGCAAGCUUUAAAAUUGAAAAAAAACCAUCGAAUGUCUGCAUGGCAAAUACAUUCUUAUGGAGAUAUCGAAGAGCUUCAAUUAGGAGAAAGUCGUAUUCCUGUUAUAAACAGUCCCGAGGAUGUUUUGGUGGAAGUUAAAGCAGGAUCUUUGAAUCCUAUCGAUUCUUUUAUGUUGGGUGGUUAUGGUCGUGCCUCUUUUCAAGUACUCAGAAACUAUCAAAUUGAAUUUCCUUUAACAUUAGGAAGAGAUUUUUCAGGCAUUGUUAUAGCUAAGGGACAUGGGGUAGAUAAUGAUGAAGUUAAGAUUGGUGACGAAGUCUAUGGUUUUGUGCCAAUUCAUAAACAAGGAGCCCUUGCUGAAGCUGUUUUAGCUUCAAAAUGUCAUAUUUUACCAAAACCAAAAAAUCUAACUCACGAACAGAGCGCCUCUCUAGUUUAUGCAACAAUGACUGCCUGGAGUGGUCUAUAUUUAGCUGGCAAUAUGAUUUUAAAACAAACUAAAGGUUUAAGGGUUUUGGUACUUGGAGGGUCUGGUGGUGUUGGUACUUCCGCUAUACAAUUAUUGAAAUCACAAGGAUGUGUUGUUUAUGCAACUUGCUCAAAUGAUGCUAUAGAGUUAGUAAAGUCCCUUGGAGCUGAUAUGGUUUAUGACCGAAACGAUCCCGAUUUUGAAAAAAAUGUCCAACUAGAAGGAAAAUAUCACAUUAUUCUUGAUGCAGCUAAUAUGGGCAUACAAAAUAUUCCUAGCAAAUGGCAAUAUGAGUCUUAUGUAACUUUAAAUUCGCCUCUAUUAGUUAACAAUGACAAAUACGGCUUAUGUACAGGCCUGUUAACUAGUGCAAGAAAUCUUAUAGAAUCGAAUGCGACAAGAAUUUGCGAAGGUAAAACUGUUAGAUGGGGCUAUUUUGUACCUUCCAAUACUGCUUUCAAGUUUAUUAAUGAAUUGAUUUGUGAAGAAAAGAUAAAACCAGUAAUUCAACAAAGUUUUAACUUUAAGGAAUUGCCGCUUGCCAUGGAAACACUAAGAAAGGGUCAUGCAAGAGGAAAAAUUGUUAUAACUCAUUAGGUUUUGUGAUGCAAUAAUGUAUUAAUUUAUUUUUAAUUUUAAAAACUAUUGUUUUUAAUUUGUUUUCUUAAAAUUAUUUAUCCACUGGCGCUAUACGAUUAAUUCGCAGUAGUUAAUGUCUCUUAACUCAAUAUUUAUAUGCGUUUAGGUAUUGUGAAACUUAAUCCCAUUUUCUACCCAAGCCCAUGUUUUACAUGAACUUUCACUACGUAAUUUGUACUCGUGAAAAUCUUUAAAACGUUAGACACGUCCUCGUUAAAUCUAGUGAUUUUUUUUUGGAUGCAAUCAAUGAGAUUUGACACACCUUUUAAUUGCUUUAUUUUAUGAUUCAACAAAAUCUUUUGUGAUAAAACAAUAGUUCUAGUAAUUUGCUUAAGUAAGGUGAUUAGGCAGAAGGGUUGACCAAGCACACAUUCAUCCAAAACAGUUUUUUUCUCACUCAGGAUUAAAAUAUUUCGAGUUCAAAGUUGAGAUUUCACAAUAAUAAAAAAUAGUCUUUGGUCAA